AGGAAUAACAACGUUUAUAUUAAACCGGAAAUAAAAUAGAGUUGGGUUGAUGUCUUGGUUGUGUAGUCCUGGUGCUCGCUAUGCUUUUUCUUAUCAAUUAGUUUCACGGUUUCCAUAGCUAAGAGUACAGUGCAGAGCUAAACAGAAUAAUUGUCACGAGUUUUUCUUUUCUUCUUGAAUAAAGUAGACUAUUGUAUUUUGUUCUGGAACGUAUAGAAAUAAUGGGAGAAAAAAUGUGUUUUUCAUUUUAUAACUGGAGCUGGUUAAGGUUAAUUUUCCCCAGAUGUCUGUAAGAAGGUUCCAGGAUGAUUCUUGCAAAGAGUCAUUAGAAAUGAUGGCCAAUAUUUUUAUCCUUUGUAUGAUUCUUGCAAUCUCCCUUGGCUUUUGGAUUAUCUCUAUAACUGCAAGUACAUAUUAUGGUAGCCUGCGCCCCAUCUCACCUUUGCGUUGGCUGUUUUCUGUAUUGGUUCCAAUCAUUAUUACGACUCGAGCUGUUAAACAGAAGAGCCUUGAUCGCAGUGGGGUUGUUGGAGAUUAUUACAUAUAUGGUUUUCGUGUGCCUUUUGAAAGCUGUUCUUCAGUUGCAUUGAUAAUCGGAUUCCUUCUAACUGUUGCAAACUAUAGCUUUUUUGCGGCUCUAUUGGCAUUUUUUGUUACUUCUUCAAAGCUGACAAAAUGGAAAGGAGACAAAAAGAAGCAGAUUGAUGCAGAAUACAGAGCUGGUGGGCAAAGAAACUGGAUACAAGUCUUCUGCAAUGGAGGUGUUCCUGCAGAACUGGCUUUGCUUUAUAUGAUUGAAAAUGGGCCAGGGGAGAUUGCAGUUGAUUUUUCUAAGCAUUAUACUGCAUCCUGGAUGUGCUUAUCCCUCCUAGGAGCAUUGGCCUGUUCUGCUGGUGAUACCUGGGCUUCAGAAGUUGGAACCGUUGUCAGUAAGAGUCCGCCAAGGUUGAUUACAACCUGGGAAGAAGUUCCAGUUGGUACAAAUGGAGCUGUUACUGUUGUGGGCUUCCUUUCAAGCAUCUUAGGUGGACUGUGUGUAGGCUUGGCUUACUUCAUAUCGCAGCUAAUUUGUGUCAGUGAUCUAGACAUAUCUGCUCCUCAGUGGCCCUUAAUUGUAUAUGGUGCUUCUGCUGGCUUUCUUGGAUCUGUCCUAGAUUCAUAUAUAGGUGCUGUCAUGCAGUAUUCAGGUUAUGAUGAAAACAGGCAUAUGGCUGUAAACUACUAUACAGACGGUGUAAGACAUAUAUCUGGAAAACCCAUUUUGGACAACAAUGCAGUGAACUUGUUUUCCUCCAUAUUGAUUGCGUUGACAUUGCCAGGAAUUGCCUGGGGAUUUUGGCCUAGAAAUUAACUUCUUGAACGGACAGUUCGGCAAAAAAAAGCCAGUCAAACAUGAAGUUCCAUCUGCAUUAGUUGGACUGCUGUGGAGGAUAUAUCGGACUCGUCAUUCACUACUGAAUAAAAGAAAGUAUUAUGAAGUUAGAUAAAAUGUUGUAUGCAGUAGAGCAUCGGAUGUGGAGUAUGGCAGAAUAAGCACUGUUGCUGUACCCUUUUGGUUGGUGUAGACAUAUGGUUAGAAUACUUUUGAAUGUUAUGAACUACUAAGAGCUAAGUCUGAGCUGAUGUACUGUCAAACUAAAACCUUACUGAGCUUCUCUUUGUAUUGAUGUUUCUUGAAUUAGUCACACUUAUUUCUCUGAUUCCUAGCAGGUCCAUGUAAGUUUAUUGCCUUUCUUGCAUAAUCUUUAGUGGGAUUUCUCAAUAUCCAUUAAACAAGACUGUUUGUCAUCUUAAAAUUCAUUUGUAUCUGCUAAUAUAGAAAUAAUGCUUCAUAUAUUUUCUUACAAAGCAAGUUAAUAGAUAUUGUUUCUUUAUAUUAUUAAUGGUACAAAAUUAUGUUUUGUAACUUUAUCACAUUUGGCAGCCUGUGAUGUGCUUACCAGUACAUGCAUUAAUUGUAGUAUAUUGAGUAAAAAUUUGUAUUUAUUUCUUGUAAUUUUUUAAGGCUGCAUUUACGUUGUCACUCUGUAGUUUGAUUUCUUUGGAAAGGUUGUCAGAGUGAACUCUUUUUGUUCUAAAAAAUAACUUUGUUCUAAAAAAAUGCUCUCUUCUGCAGUUUCCCAGUAAGUUUAGAGAAAUAAUUUAAAAUUCAUAUAUGUUUAUUGAACCUUAAUAUGCAUUUCCUGAUAACUCACUUAAGGCUGUAAUUUCAACGUUUUUUGGGUGUGAGAAACAAUCUUUUUUACUCACAGUUCUUAUUGACUGGUCAUUAUGCUCGCACACCUACUCUUCCAGCUUCAGUGUGGGCUGUGGAGCUGUAUGUCAGUAUAUAACCUGUAAGCAAGGGAAAUAUAUGUGGAGAUGUAGUGUAAUUUUCUCCUUGCCUCUUAGGAGGUUAGAACCUGUAAAGUUCUGCUUUACUUCUAGCAAAUGCAAAACAACAAUGUAUUCAUAGUUUAACUGCAGGGAAAAGUUAAGUGUACUUCAAGAGCAUGUUACUGUAGAACUGUAUUGUUAAAUAUGAAGCUCCCCUAUUGUAAUUUACCAUACAGUUUCUUGCUGUCUUGUAUAUGAAUAAAUGGCUUAAUACAAUGUGCAUACUUAAGAGAGUUGUACUUUUAGGGGGUUUAUUACUAUAAUCUGUGAAAAGUGCAUUUCAUUUUUUAUAGUCAGGGAGUUUCAUAACUCAUUAAAUAAUAGCUGAGAUAUGCUUUUAAUUUGUGUACCACAUCAUGUUUAUUUUUAUAAUGAAAUGCCAGUAUAUGUGACAGGAAUGGAACAUUUACAUUUAUACUGUUUUUUAAAAAGGCAGAAAAUUUGAUAAACCAAUGAGAUGCAUGUGGUCUCUCAAGGUUCACAACGACGUACCUUGGAGAUUGUAACAAAACUUGUAUGUGUGGAAUUGCUCAGUGAACCAAGGUUUUCAGUGCACCUUCUGAAGAAAAUGCAGCACCUUUUUAGAAAUGACACGUCUGCCAUCAAAUCCAGACCCACUGAUUAUUUUAUGCUGUGAAGUACUCUUUUAACAAAGAGCUGUUAUUCAAAUUAAUGUGAUAUGCUUUUGAUUCCUGUUUGUUCCUUUAUAUCCUGAUGCUUUGCUUUCUUUAGCUACAGUAAAAUACAUUUAGUGACCACAUUGCCUUAAAAUAGUGUCACUAUUUACAUGCUCCAUGUUAUAACAGAGGUAUUUUGUUUAAAUUCUCUGUGUAACAUUUUGAAGCUUCAGUUAAAUGUAAUAUAUUAAAAUACUUAUGAACGUGC